AACGGGGAGGUUGCAGAACGCCAUCUUUAAACCCCACAAGAGGCCAGCUACAGUUGUACACCGGGAUGAAAAACACUACAGCGGGAUAUAAGUUCAAAUCGUGGACAUGGUGUGAUUGUCUCCCGGUCACGUAAACAAUAAGGAACUGUCGGUGGAACUGUAAGGAGAGACGGUCACGGGACACCGCGAGAACCCUAGGCUGGUGUUAUCAUAGACCGACAACAACAAUAGACAGAAAGACAACAACAACGGAGCUCGCUAAGUCGCUCGCUAGCAUCUUGCCGAGCGCUGCGCUGUUUUCAAAUGCUAACUAAAAGCUAGCUAACGUUAGCCACUUCAUCCGAGAGUGACUUCAUCAGCAAAUCUGUCCGGUUGCGCUGCAUUUCGACCGGGACGCUGUUUAUACUUGGCACUGGGUAUCCAGCUACAUCGACAGUGGGAGUCAACCAUUAAUUUGCCACAUUUUUUUAACCAAUUUGGUACAUACAUUUGCGUUGUGGCUUUAGCUAGCUAAAAGCUAGCUAAGUCCCGACUUCUUCCCCUCCCCAGCGGCCCAGCCGGAGAUGCGUGGAAGAUGUCGGUGUCGGGGCUGAAGGCCGAACUGAAGUUUUUGGAAUCCAUUUUUGAUCCAAACCACGAACGCUUCAGGAUCAUUGACUGGAAGCCUGACGAGCUGAGCUGUCAGUUUAAUGUUACUGGGGAAAAGCUGUUAAUUAUCCACUGUAAUAUAACGGAAUCUUAUCCAUCUACUCCGCCGAUAUGGUUUGUGGACUCUGAUGACCCAAGCUUGGCGCAAGUUUUGGAGAGGUUGGAAGAUGUGAGAAAAGGCAGCACCCUGCUUUUGCAGCAGUUGAAGAAACUCAUUUGUGACCUUUGUCGGCUGUACAACCUUCCCCAACAUCCAGAUGUGGAGAUGCUUGACCAGCCCCUGCCUGCAGGCCCUGUGGGACCAGACCGAAAGCAUGGGACAGAGGAGGUCACAUCUGAAGAAGAAGAGGAGGAAGAGAUGGGCGAGGACAUAGAGGAUCUGGACCACUAUGAAAUGAAAGAGGAGGAGCCUGUGGAUGGGAAGAAAUCCGAGGAUGAUGGCAUCGAGAAGGAGAAUCUGGCCAUCCUGGAGAAGAUCCGAAAGAACCAGAGGCAGGACCAUUUGAAUGGAGCCGUGUCUGGUUCAGUGCAAGCCUCUGACCGCCUGAUGAAGGAGCUAAGAGAGAUCUACAGGUCUCAGAGCUACAAGACCGGCAUCUAUUCAGUUGAGCUUGUUAACGACAGCCUGUAUGAAUGGCACGUCAAACUAAGGACGGUGGAUCCAGAUAGCCCCUUACACAGUGAUUUACAAGUCCUAAAGGAGAAGGAAGGAAUGGAUUACAUUUUACUAAACUUCUCAUAUAAAGAUAAUUUCCCCUUUGAUCCACCGUUUGUCCGCGUGGUUUCGCCUGUGCUUUCUGGAGGUUAUGUUCUUGGAGGAGGUGCCCUGUGCAUGGAACUCCUCACCAAACAGGGAUGGAGCAGUGCCUAUUCCAUUGAGUCUGUCAUCAUGCAGAUCAAUGCCACUUUAGUCAAAGGAAAAGCCAGAGUGCAGUUUGGAGCCAAUAAAAACCAGUACAAUCUUGCCAGAGCACAGCAGUCCUACAAAUCUCUUGUUCAGAUCCAUGAAAAGAACGGCUGGUACACACCCCCUAAGGAGGACGGCUAAAACACACUCCUGCCUUUCCUGCACUGGGACCACAUGUCUUUGAUUUACUUUUUCCUUGCGACCAAUAUUUCUUUUUCUUUUUUUAUCCUGCAAACCAUUGUGUUCUCUACAUGAGAGUUUGAACUCCAAACCAAAUUCCUCAUUCAGUGCCCACCCAGAAACUAACACACACACACACACACACACACACACACACACACACACACACACACACACACACACACACACACACACACACACACACACACACACACUCCCACCUGAAAUUUACAUCCAAGCUCAUCAGCUACCCGCAAGGGUGUCCUCUCCUCAAUAUUUAUCUCUCUGUACAUCUGUUUGAUACAAUCUCAUUUUUCCAUUGCGACAUUCAUCCCAUACCCCAGAAA